CUAGUCAAACUGUCCAUGGAGUUUGGGUCUGGACGGACAGCGAUGGUGACGCAGGGAGCUGCCAUGGAUGAGCCGCCCAGCAGACCAACAUGGAGCAGGCAGAUAGAGUUCACGCUGGCCGGCAUCGGCUGUGCUGUGGGUCUCGGCAACGUUUGGAGGUUCCCUUAUCUGUGCUACAGGAGUGGAGGAGGUGCCUUUCUGGUGCCGUACCUGUUAAUGCUGUUUGUGUUGGGCAUCCCUCUGCUCUACAUGGAGCUGGCUAUUGGGCAGUACACAAGGAGAGGACCUGUCCAUGCUCUGGCUAGUGUGUGUCCGCUACUGAAAGGAGUGGGCAUAGCAUCAGUGGCCAUCUCCUUCAUCAUGUGCAUCUACUACAAUGUGGUCAUCACCUGGGCCCUCUAUUAUCUAUUCAGCUCCUUCCAGGCACCACUGCCAUGGCAAAACUGCAACAACACCUGGAACACACCAAACUGCACCGCUCACGCCAUCAACGGCAGCAACUUCUCCUCCACAGCUAGCCAGGAGUUCUUCAAAUAUAAGAUGCUGGAGCAGACUGAUGGAGUGCAUGAAGCAGGAACGCUACGAUGGCAGCUUUUCCUGAUCCUCAUCCUGGCUUGGAUCCUCAUUUACCUUUGCAUCUUUAAGGGGGUGAAAUCAACAGGCAAGGUGGUAUACUUCACUGCCCUGUUCCCGUAUGUUAUUCUGAUUGCACUGCUGAUCAACAACGUGCAGCUUCCUGGAGCAACAGAUGGGAUAACCUACUUCAUCGUGCCGGAAUGGGACAAGCUGCGCUCAGUGGACGUGUGGGUCAAUGCUGCCGCUCAAAUCUUUAACUCCAUCGGGAUUGGUUUUGGCUCCCUCCUGGCAAUGUCCAGCUACAACUCCUUCAAUAACAACAUUCUGAAGGACACACUGACCAUAUCCAUCAUCAACUCCCUCACAAGCAUCCUGGCAGGCUUCGUCAUUUUCUCUGCCUUCGGAUACAUGUCUUAUCUGCAGGGCAUUCCUAUCCGCCAACUGGCUGUGGAUGGUCCAGGACUGGUUUAUAUUGUUUACCCACAAGCCUUUGCCAACAUGCCAGUUGCUCAGCUCUGGGCUGUGAUGUUCUUCUUCAUGCUGCUUUGCCUUGGACUGGACAGUGAGUUUGCAAUGGUUGAAGUGAUGGUGACCAGCCUCAUGGAUGCAUUCCAUCGAGAUCUGAUGAACAUUUUCAGGCGGAAGGAGUUCUUUGUUCUUGCAAUUUGUGGGGUGGCUUGCCUUUUAGGAAUCCCUUGUGUCAUGCAGGUGGGAAUCUAUGUCUUCCAGCUGAUGGAUCAUUACACUGCCAUUGUGUCCAUCAUGUUCCUUGCAUUCUUUGAGGUCAUUGCCAUCUGUUGGAGUUAUGGUGUGACUCGACUUUCAGCCAACGUUAAAGAGAUGAAUGGCUCAAGACCCAACAUCUUCUUCAGAGUGUGCUGGCUAGUAGUUGCUCCUGUGCUGAUCACUGUCAUCCUGAUUUUCUCCAUAAUCCAGUUCAAACCAGCCCGCUACGAGCAAUAUGUCUUCCCUUCCUGGGCUCAGGGAGUCGGCUGGUGCAUUGCCUUGGCCUCCAUCAUCUGGAUUCCUUUGGGUGCCAUUCACACACUGUGGCUGCUACCUGGUACAUUACUGCAGAAACUGAAGUUGUCCAUCACACCAUUCGCACUGAAUGGAAAAUCAAAGAUGCCAUAUUAUGAGAGGGGAGGACCAGACGGCCAUCCAGGGAUCGCUGUCAUCAGCAGCAACACCGAGCUACCUGAAAAACCUCUAAGUCAGACAAAGUUCUGACACCUCAGUGUUUUGCACAAUGCUUGCCUCGCCAACAACAAUGGCAGGUCAUUACUAUGCUAAAGUUAAUCAAAAGUUAAGCUUGCAAUCAGACUUUAAUCUUACAUAAACUUCUGGUCAGAAGAUUAAACAGAAGCAUGUUACACAAAUUAUUUACCCGAUUGUGAAAGUGUUGCUGCAUAUGUGCCAUUCAGAUAAAAUAAGAUGGCCGUUUUUGUGAAUCUGUGAAUUUAAUUGGUAAGAUUUUUGAACUUCUGCUACCUUUUUUUUUUUUGCUCAUGUCUAGUAGAAUAAGACAUAUUGGAAGACAGUUAUAAAAUCGGUUGUUGCUGUGUUAUCUUCACUGUCUGGCAGGAGUGGAUUUCACAAGCGUUUCACUGCUCUCCUUUAUGGACUUUACUUUGCAAAGAGUGCCAUCUUUUGGUCGUGUCUGUUUAAACAUCAGGUAGCAGACUUACAUUUAAUAUGAAAAUAUCAAAGCAAUGCCACUGUUAAAGAUUUACAGUUCACAGCUGUACUUUUGUAUUUAACCACUCCUCUUAAAAACAUAAAAAACUGUCAAUUUAUUGUUGCUGACUCAUUUAUUAGGUCAAACGCAACAGAGCACUGCCGACAAAUAUGGAAAAAGCUAAUUGUUAACAGAUCAUGGGUCAUGCAAACUGUAUGUAAUGUCAAGGCGUAAUAAAAAGCUGCAAAGUC